AUGGGUAAAAAUGAUGAGUUCCUGACCCCAAAAGCAAUUGCCAACAGAAUCAAAGCCAAGGGUUUACAGAAGCUGCGAUGGUAUUGCCAGAUGUGCCAGAAGCAAUGCCGGGACGAGAACGGGUUCAAGUGCCACUGUAUGAGCGAAUCCCACCAGCGCCAGAUGGAAGUCUUCGGCCAAAACCCCAACCGAAUCGUCGAUGGAUAUUCCGAGGAGUUCGAGACCUCCUUUCUGGAACACAUGAAGAGGAGCCACCGAUUCAGCCGCAUAGCCGCCACUGUUGUGUAUAAUGAAUAUAUCGCUGACCGCCAUCAUGUUCACAUGAAUUCUACCCAGUGGGCUACGCUUACCGAGUUUGUCAAGUAUUUGGGUAGGAUUGGCAAGUGUAAAGUCGACGAAACUCCCAAAGGGUGGUUUAUUACUUAUAUAGACCGGGAUUCGGAGACACUUUUUAAGGAGAAGAUGAAGAAUAAGAGGAUUAAGACAGACAUGGCGGAUGAGGAGAAGAAAGAGCGGGAGAUUCAGAGGCAAAUUGAGCGUGCCGAGCAGCUGAUGAUGACAUCCACAACUGCGAAUGAGAAUGGGUUGGACCAAGUAGAAACUAAGACAAGAAUGUUAGAAAAAUCUAAGGGAGACGGUGAUAAGAAAAUUAAGCUGAGUUUAGGGUCUACAAAAAACCUUGUUGUAAAGGAGAAGGGGGAGAGUUCUAGAUUGGUGUUUGAUGAAGGGGAGAAUGAUAAUAAGAAUGGGAAGCGAAAGGGGGAAGACCAAAUAUCGGGGAAGAAUGGGGGUGGAGCAUCAGUGUUGGACGAAUUGAUGAGAGAACAAGAGAAGGCAAAAGAGAGGAUUAACAGGAAGGAUUAUUGGUUGUGCGAGGGAAUUAUUGUGAAAGUUAUGAGUAAAACCUUGGCGGAAAAGGGGUACUAUAAGCAAAAGGGUGUCGUACGGAAGGUAAUUGAUAAGUACGUUGGCGAGAUUGAGAUGCUUGAGAGUAAGCAUGUACUGAGGGUUGAUCAGGAGGAGCUCGAGACAGUGAUUCCGCAAAUUGGGGGCCUUGUAAAGAUAGUUAAUGGGGCAUAUCGCGGAUCAAAUGCAAGGUUGCUCACAGUCGAUACUGACAAUUUUUGCGCCAAGGUUCAGAUUGAGAAGGGAAUAUAUGAUGGGAGGGUUCUCAAGGCUGUCGAGUAUGAAGAUAUAUGCAAACUAGCCCAGUGA